AUGGCCGGGGCUCCCGCUGAGGGCAGAGCUCUGGCUGCAGAUCCCAGCUUGGGGGGCUCCAGACCUGUUGCUCCCCACACAGGGCUGGUGGAACGUGGAGUGCGAAGCUGCUGGGGGUCACGGUGGGGCAGCAGGAGCAGCUCCAGCUCUGUCUGCACCGAGGAUGUGGCUGCCAGGUGUUGGGAGGACACAGGGGGGAUCUACGAGGAGGAGGAAGACGAUGGCAGUGGGCAGGAUGGGGCCCUGCUCCCAUGGCAGUGCCCUGAGCAGGAUGAGUCCCCAGAGCUGAUGAGGAGGGGAAGCCUGGAGUCACUGGGAGCCAGGAUAUCCAGGCUGAGCCAGAGUGGGGCUGAGACCCCCUGCCUGGCCUCCUCCAAGCACCCAGCACAGGGCAGGGGGGAUGCAUCCCACUGGGGACCACACUCCAAGGCAAAGCCUUCAGUCACCUCUCUGCAUGGUGGGAAUGGGGACGCUGGACAUCUCCUGAGACCCUCAAGCAGCUCAGCCAGCAGGAGCAGGGCCAGGGCUGUGGGACAUCACAGAUGGCAGGAGCUACCAGCAUGCCGGGGGUGGCAUGGGGGGGAUUUCAUCCUCACUGCCAAGAAGGAAGAUGGUGAUGGGCGGAGGAGAGCUCUGUACACCAAUGCAGCAGCGGGACCUGCUGGGAGAUGCAGCCCCUGGGCAGAGAGGCAGCAUGGGGUGUCCUGCCCAGGGCAUGCAGCAGAGCCCCGGUGGCAGCACUGGAAGCAGAAGGCCAUCCUGUCCCACAGGCUGGCAGCGCUGCGCCGGGCCCUGAGGAGCAGCCAGGAGGGGAUGCAGGAGCCAGGAGCUGGAGAUUGGGGCAUGCAGAGCGAUAGGGAUGGGGUCAGGGCACGUGCGUGGGAUCGUGUGGAGAAAGUGCAGGGGCAGAAGGGCUGUGCUGGAUGCCCAGGGAACGUGAGGAGGAAAAUGCUGCAUCUCAGAGAAGAGAAGCGGGAGCUGCAGGAGAGGCUCUGUGGGCUGGAGCUCCAGAUGCGCUCCGUGCUGCGGCAGAGGCAGGAGGCCCUGGGGCAGCUGCGGGCAGUGCUGCGGAAGGAGAGGAUGGCUGCACUCCAGCAGCUGCAGGAGAGCUUGGAGAAGGUGAAUGGGGCCGUCUGUCAGGAGAACUGUCACCUGCAGGAGCUGGCAGCCCCAGGAACCCUGAAGGAGCCACCGACCCCAGCCAGAGCACUGCGGGAUGCAGAGAUCACUGUGCCUGGCCUCCAGCAGCACCAACGUGGGGUCCCAGGGGUCCUGCACCACAUCCAGCGCUGCCUGCGGGAGCUGCAGGUGAAUGACUUCAGUGUGCUGGGAGCAGAGCUGGGCACUACAGCAAGUGAGGAGGUUCCUGAUGCCACAUCUUGCCGUCCCUCCAAGCCCCAAUGGGAACAAGCUCACUGCUACGAUCAGGACUUGAGAUGAAGCAUGGAGGUGGUGAUGCAUCCCUCUACUUCCCCAUGCAUACCCAGAAUUGUGAAGCUGCUGAACGGGUCCCAUAGAAUUUCCAAUAUAGAAACUUCCCUUAGGUCCUGGCUGGGCUCCUUCCCAGGGCUGGGGACGGUGGGACAGCAUUUUGGGUGUGAUGAGUGAGGUCGUGUGCCUCCACCAGGCUGCUGUCCAAGGCCCUGCUGGGAGAACCCGGAUUCCCAACCAGCAUCUUUGCUCCUCACACUCAUUUAGGAGCUUGGAAUGGAGAGGUCCAUGUUGCAGAGGAGAAAGCCCAAGGAGAGUUUCUCUGCGUGCAAGGGGGGAAAUGAGAAUUUCGUGCAGUACUGAUUGCUGCACUUCCUUGCAGGAGGAGAGAAGGAGUGGAAAUGGAAAUCUUCGUCUGCUUUCUUCCCAAUCAAAAUAAAAAUGUUUCCUCAUGA